AUGUUACCCAGGUUAGCCACCAUCGUGAUGCUUCUUGGCAUCCUGCCUCUGCCCCUUAGCAGUACCCAGAACUGCCUGAGCAAGCAACACGUGGCAGCCGCCAUCCAACAGAUGCAGAAGCUGCUCUUGGCUCACGAGGCGGCCCAGAUGCGCAGCCUGCGAAGCCUGAAGAAGCAGCUGGCGCUCUUGUCAGCCAGUGCCCAGAAGCCGCCGGCCAAGCGGAACGGCACCAGCGAUUGUGCCAGUCGCCCCUGUGCCAACGGAGGGACCUGCGUGGAUGUUGUCCGCCGCUACAGCUGCUUGUGCCCCAGCGGCUGGUCGGGGAGCACCUGCCAGGCACCCCUUCAUGCCCAUGUGGACGAGUGCCAGCUGUACCAGUCCAACUACCACACCCGGAUCUGCCUCCACGAAUGCGUGAACCUGCCUGGGUCUUAUCAGUGCACCUGCCCGUCCGGCUAUCGCUUCCAGGCUGAGCAGAACAUAUGCAGCGAUGUGGAUGAAUGUGCGACAAAUCAAGAGCACUGCAGCCGCGGACACACCUGCGUCAACGUCUAUGGGGGCUUCCGUUGUGUGAAGGCCGAAUGCCCCAAGACUCAGUUCAACACAACCUACGUCAAGACGUCAGCCUCGCAGUGUGAACGGAGCCCUUGCCCCAUGGGCAGCCAGGCCUGCCAGAAAGCUGCCCAUGCCAUCUCCUUCCACUACCUGCCCCUCCAAUCCAACCACUCCGUGCCCUGGGUCCUUUUCAAAAUGUCCACCAGCCGCUCUCUGGGGGACAGCCUGCGCUUCACCCUCCUAGGGGGCAACAGCCAUGGGAGGCUCGCCGUCCAGCGCUCGGACCAGUACACGGGGGAACUGGUGCUGACCCGCUCGGUCCUGGGCCCAGCGACCCUGGAGGCCGAGGUGGAAAUGAGCGAAUUUGCCCAGAAGAUCCUUCUAGGGAAGCACAUCUUCAAAGUCACAGUGUUUGUUUCCCAGUAUGAAUUCUGA